AUGAAGAUGAAGAUGAAAAUAAAAAUGAAACUGACCGCAUACCACCUACUCACGCCUCAGGGUCACUUGCCAUGUGGAGAUGAGCAGUGGGAUACAGCAAGAGUAGUAGUCGCCGUUCUCAGUUCCCCGGCCAUCCUUCUCGGUCGGAACCCAGCAUUAAUCUCUGUACACCUCAGAAAACCCCUAGAAAAGAAACCAACCACGGCGAGCACAGAGCAUGAGGCACGAAAAAGUCGUCAAGACAAAUCACAAGCAUACAUGACAUCAUCAUCACCGCCAAUUUUGUUCAUGCUACGAGCCGUCGUCACGCCACCCCUCGCCCUUCCUUCUGUCACACACUCGCACCACUUGCCUCUGCCUCCACCGGCCUCGGGAUAUAAAGCAAGCCCACUUCAUCCCCAUCUGGAAACAUCGUCAUCACAAGUCCAAGCGACUUGCCCCGGAAACCCGGAUAUCCCACAACCCCUGCUUUCUAUUCCUUCCCCUCCUUUGCCUUGGAAGCCGCGGCGCGCCAUGGAAUGCGUGGCCCGCAGCCAUGCCGCUCUGGCAGCUCGCCAAAGAGCGGCAGCCAUCAACAUGGCUGCCGACUCGGCUACCGCCACCAAGGCACAAGUCGAGCAGCUCCUCUUGCUGUUCAGGACGAUACCCCUGCACACCCUCCGCAGCAUCGACGACUACACCCGCGUUGACAUGGCCGGCAAGAUCGCCGGCAUCUUCCACGACUCGUACAUUGGGCAGGCUCUCGACGUCGCGCAACGCCUCCACGAGGGAUACCGCUACCUGUGGCGGCUGCAGCUGCCGCCCCAGAGAAACGCGCGCGGAGAGCCCGUCAGUGUGCAGACGUCGAUUGCCCUCCAGGUCGCUCGGGAGAAGCAGCAAAUCUACUGCGCCUGGGCUCUGUCCCUCGCCUUGAGGUAUCUCUACGACCACGUCGUCGACCUGCCAGUCCAGCAGUUCCUGCAGGCUGUUCGGCCGCGCUGGUUCUACGUGGCAGUGUGCACCUUUCUCUGCAACACCAAUACCAAAAAGUGCCAGGAUCUGCUGCUUUCCACGUACGGGCUCACCGGCUGCGACGAGUGGUUUGUCAAGGCGUGCAUGUGUUCGGUGGGCUUUGUCAUUCCCUCCUGGCAGGAAGCGGUCCCCUUGGCCUGCAUUUUGGAUUCGUUGUCGCUGCCUACCGUUGUCAAGCUCGUCAGGGAGUCUCAGGUGUUUCAAGCAUCAACACGGACGUCGGAAGGGGAGCCGAGACCUGCCAGGGACGACUCUCCACGGCGGGACACGCAGUUGAAGACUGCCAAGGAAGAGUGUCUGGAUCAUGGCGCAUCCGAGACAGAGCAGACAGACAGGCAGCAAGACGACGACGCAACCAACCGUAGACGACGCAAAAGAGCUCGAAGGUCUGAGGAGGAGGAUGAUUGA